UACGUAGCACGAAAAUAACCGGCCGGGUGUCGCUGCGUGUGCGCCGCCAGUUGAAAUAUAAGCGCCGGUCGACCUACCCGCAAGUCUAGAAAUAUAACAAAACGUUUUUAACCGGAAUUCUAAUGUGGAAGUGCUAAUGAGUGAUAGUAUAUAGUGAUAUAAUUUAGCCCCUUUACUGCAAUGUGACACAUAUGUGAUAGUGUUGGAUGGACUCCAAAUAUAAGUGAACCAUUAAUUUAACAGUAACCAGGCAUUUUUCCUUUAGUAUUUGUUCAGAAAGAAUGACUCAUAUGAAAACUAAAAGAUGAAUAGUGGUACAAGGCGGGCUCUAACUGGCUCAAUACAUAAAAUUAGGGAAUUUGAAUUGGAAAAAGUUUGUUUGGUCGAAGAAUUUGAUAUACUGCAAAUAGUUGGUGAAGGAUGGUUUGGAAAAAUACUUUUAGUAGAACACAGAGCAUCUGAUACAGAAAUUGUUUUAAAGGCAUUGCCAAAACCUUAUGUAUCUAUACGAGAUUUUUACAGAGAAUUCCAUUACGGCUUACAUUUAAGUGCACACAAAAACAUCGUAACUACAUUCGAUGUUGCCUUUGAGACUGCUGGUUUUUAUGUUUUUUGUCAAGAAUAUGCACCUUUAGGUGACUUAACAUCAAAUAUGCUAGAUACUGGGAUAGGAGAAAUCCAUACAAAAAGAGUUGCAAAACAAUUAGCUGCAGCUUUGGAACAUUUACAUCAAAGAGAUCUUGUACAUCGUGACGUCAAAUUAGACAAUAUUCUUAUAUUUAAAUCGGACUUUUCUAGAAUAAAACUGUGUGAUUUCGGUGAAACGAGAAAAGCACAAUCUAUAGUUAGAAGAAGAAAUGAAUGGUUACCCUAUUCACCACCAGAAGUAUUAAAACUGUCAAUGGAUAGCACGUACAAAGCGCUAAUAAGUCACGAUAUUUGGCAAUUUGGCGUAGUUAUAUUUAUUUGCCUAACGGGUUGCUUGCCCUGGCAGAAAGCGGCCUUUGACGAUCCUAGAUAUUUAAGCUACUUCAACUGGUAUAAUAGCGCCAAUCCUCUAAAAAAACAACCUAAACUAUGGAAGAUGGUGUCUUCCAAAGCUCAAAAAAUGUUCAAGAAGUUUGUAGAGCCAAGAGUUGAAAAAAGAGCUUCCAAUUUUAUUGAACUGUCGCGAUAUAUUGAGGAUCGGUGGUUGGCAAAAGGAUACACAGAUCGUAUUGCUGGAGGAGAUAUUGAUGAGCUUUGUCCAUCAAUGUAUAGUUUUCACAGCGAUCCUAACGAAAAGAACAUAUUACUCAAACAUUUCAGGGAUAAUGGUAUUGAAACCGUAGUUGAUCGUCACGAGAAGAAGCAGAGGAUUCGAGAGUGGAUUCAAAACAGUGUCAUUGAAGAAGCUGAUGAAGAGGAAGAAAAUGAACCAGAACCUACACCUUAUGAUGAUAGUGAUGUUGAAUUAGAAGAUCGAUCACGACCCCAUCCAAUCGACGAAAGUCACAGAGUUACUCUACGUUUCGACACUGAAAAACACAUUAAUCCUAGAACAGGAGAAAUAAUUGAAGGAGUUAGUAGAACAACCGAAAAAAACCCUCUUUCUUAUGAUGUACAAAAUAUAGAACCUGUUGCACCUGCAAAUGUUGUUCGCAGAUAUGGCGUAAAGGAUGAAUCUUCAUCUCUCAGUUCGAACAAAGACAGUGCAUACGGAUCUAUGGAAACUACAAACAAAAAUACCAUAUCUCAUUCUGAUAACAAACAUACCUUACAAAUUGAUAGAGUUUCAAACUAUUCACCAAGUAGAUCAUUAAGCGCCAUUUCACUUCAACAAAAUACAACACCAUUAUCUUCUCACGCUCAAAGAUUCCAAAAAAGUGAGGAAGUAUUUUCUAAAGAAUUAGACAAUGCAAAAGGAAGUACAUCGACGCUUCAAUCUGUUGGAAAUUCAUCAAGAUCAAAUAGUAUCCAAGUGACACGAAAUAGCUCGCUUGAAAGUACAAACACAAUUGAUGUACCGCUUGAAAAUGAAAAUCCCAAUCCGUCAAAACCAAACCCUGUCGUUACUCAAAAUGGUUUCAGCCCAGGUCAUAAGGUUCAGGAACCAAAUAACACACAAUCACCACCUUCAUACGUAUCAAUGAAAAAUUCGGUAUACGAAAAUGUUAACGGACGCAGUGAAUUAACGAAAUAUAAAAGAAAUGAAAACAAUGUUGAAAAUAAUCAGUCAAUUGAUAGUCCAUACACUUCAAUGUUAAACAUUGUUCAAGGACAAAUAAAAAUAAGUCCACAUGCGAAAGAAAUUAAUAGAAACGUAGUUAAUGUGUCAGUGACACAAGUAAGUCGCAAUAAUAAACGAUAGUUUUUGCU